AUGACAAAAGUUCUUUAUAAAGAUCAACAAGAAGGAAAUCUACCACAAUUAAAUGUUGAAGAUUUUAUUAACUUAAUUGAACGUAAAAAUCCCAAGCUUCAAGGAUUCUUUAAGAUUUUAUAUAAUUCAAUGAAUCCUAAAGAAAAAUCAUUAAAAACACAAAAUUCUUUAAAACAAAAGAUUAUGGUAUUUUGUUAUCAAAUGGCUGGAUUACAAAUCAAGCAAGUGAGCA